CCCCCAACCCCAACCCCCCCCAUCCACAUCCACACACACCCUACACACAUACCACACACACACACACCCAAACCCCCACCCGUCAUGACCUUCUUUGCCCGCUUCCACCAGGAGACCGAGCUCGACAAGCUGCUCGCCCAAGGCAGCGAGGCGCCGCUGGCCGACGUCCUCGCCCAGCCGCAGCUGCUGCAGGAGCUGCACGGCGGAUCGGCCAAGGCUUUGUCGUAUGUUGCAGGACAUAUGAAUGAACUGGUCGAUGCUGUCUUGGCCCCGGCUGCCGUGCCUGAGGCCGACCUCGCCACGGCCACCGCCGCCACGGCCGUCCUCUCCUCGGGCGUCCGCUCUGUCCUCGCUGCCCUGGUCGAUGGCCCUGGCCUUGCCCGACUUUCUGCUCUCUUCUCCGCCGCACCGGCGGCCGAGUCUGCCGCUGACCCGGAGGCCACGUUUCUGGUCCUCCCGCAUUCGCCGCAUCCGGUCGUCGCCGGCUACGUCUCGUCGAUCCUCGUCCAUGCCGUGUGCAAGACCCGGUCGCCCGAAGUGGUGGCCACCGUCCGGACAGCGGUUGCCGGCGCCAUGUGCUGGCUCCAUCUCGACGGCGCGGUCGCGCUCAUUCAGGGUCUGGUGGGGAUGCUGCGGGCCGACGGCGGCGGCGCGGCGGAUACCACUGGAGGCCUGCCCGGCGUGGAGGACGAGGCGCCGCACGCCCUGCGCGAGUGGCAGACGACGGUGGCGAGCAUGCUGCUUGACGCCGACGUGCCGGCGUCGCUUGUUCGAGUCGGACUGGCUCGCGAGCCACGCCUCGACGGUCUUCCGUCCUGGGUCGGCAGUCAGGCCAGCAUCGGCGCGCUGAUGGCUUUUGAGGCUCUCUGCGACGCCGCAGCGCCGCCGGUGCCGCGGACAGCCGGCCCGGUCCCCGACGCCGACCUCCCGCCACUCAACCUCAUUGCAGCCAUCUUUGCAAGCCCCGAGCUGGCGGCGCUCAUUGUCGCAGCGCUUCUGGAGACGCCACGUGCGCCCGAGUCGCGGCUCCGCGAGGCCUCGGUCAUUGUUGAAGUCGCCAUGUGCGUCCUCACCCUUUGGGCCAUCCGGGCCUCGCCGCAAACGUAUGCUGCAACCGCACUCCCAGCCUUUGCCGCCCUCACCAAGGCUGUUGACGAGCAUGCUGUGGUCGACGCUGCAGUGGACGCGUUCCGGAACGCGUCGGUCGGCUCGGACCUGGUUCUGCAGGCAGGGCCGGUGCCAAACCCGCUCGGCGAGGGCCGGCUGGCGCUGGCACGCGCGCUGGUCGCCAUGUCGCGCGCUGACCUCUCCAGCGCCGACGCCGCCGUGCCUGCCCUUCUCGACAUUGCCUUUGCCGACUACCCGUGGAACAACAUUUUCCACAACGUGGUCGUUGGGUGGACGUCCGAGCUCGCGGUGCGCAAGCCUGAGGUCUUGCGCAGCUCCGAGGUGGUGGAUGCGCUCGCGCGCGCCGUCGCCGCCCUCCCGCCCGGCAGCUCGUCUGCCCAUCAGGCGACCCGCCCGCAGCAUGCUGCGCACAUCAACCUGGCGCUGCGCCACCUCCGGAAAGCGUUUGGCGAUGCUCCGUUUGGCAACGAAGGCCUCGAGAGCUACGAGUCCGGCGAGCUCGCCGCCGCCCUCGCACUCAACGACUCGACCUCGUGCCCGGUCUCGCCCGAGCUCGCCGCCCGCCGUGGCGUUCUCCAGGCGCAGCAGGGCGGUGAGCUCGAUGCGCUCGGCGAGCUCGGCGGAGCCGCCGGCACCAGCUCCGCGUCUGUCUCCGCCGCUGCCGCCGCCGCCGCCGCCGCCGGCACGGGAGAGACCGCCACCGCCGAGUUGGUCGGGGAUUCGUCCGAGCCCGUAGCCAACGAGGAUCCCGCCGCCGCGUCGGCUGUGCCGUUUGACGCCGACUUUGCUGCAGCGUUUGGCGCGUCGACAAGCGCAGUCGAGGCAGCCAGCCGCGGCAGCACGUCUUCCGCCGCCGCUCCGGUUGCGUUUGAGGCCGACUUUGCCGCAGCGUUUGGCCCGUCGAGCUGAUGGGCACCCAUCCACUACAGCACAUAAAAG